AUGAAGUUUAGUAGUGCCUUGAUAUAUUCUGCUACUGUCUGUCAGGUAGUUUUUAGUAAGAACGUUUUUGAUAACUGGUCUAGUGAUGAUAUUUACCAGUACUUAAAGGAUAGUGGAGACACUGCUAAGAAGGACGUGGGGAAGUCACUAGAUGAAUUGAAGUCUUAUGCGAGCCAAAAAUGGUCCGCAGAUGCUCAACCAAAGCCUUGGUGGAAGGUUUGGCCUGAUGAGAAAAAGGAUGACUGGUGGAACUUCAACACAGAACCUUCAACUUCUGAAUCUAUUUCGAACUGGUUAUUCGACACCUGGUCCGAGUCUGAUUUGAGGAAAGUGUUGAAGAAUGCCGGAAUCCAUUACGAACCGGACACUCCAUAUGAGAAGUUGAAGGACACAGCCAAGACAAAUUUCGACAGAAUCUCUAAAAAAGUCGGCAGCUCUGGAUACUACCCAACCGAGUCCUACUUUAAGCAAUGGGACGAAUCCGACUUGAAAGCUUGGUUAGACAAGAAUGGUAUUUCUUACGACCAUAAAAAGGCUAAGAAGGAUGAUUUGUUGGCGCUUGUGAGAAAGAACAUCUACAAGGCCUCUCAAGUUUACAAUGAGGAGAGGUUAAGUACUUUGGAAUCGUUGGAUUUGGCAAAGAAACAACUGUUUGACAAAACGAACAAAUUGAAGAGUGAUGUUUUCGAUUCUUGGUCUACGGAUGAUAUCAAGAAUUGGUUGGAGUCACACAAGAUUAACAUUAAAGAAAGUGCUAAAAGCAACCGCGAGCAAUUAAUUGCAACCGCUAAUAAGCACAUCAAUUUGCUUGAAGAUGACAUUAAGUGGUAUACCGACUACUCAAAGUCCAAGGCAUCUGCUUUGUUGACUAAGAGCACUGAUUCAGUCAACUCGGUUUGGGAAUCUUUAAAGAACAAGGUAUAUGGGGCUUAUUAUGACGACAAUGUCAUCAACGAUACAUUCUUGGUCGGCGUGCAGAAUUGGCCAAAGAGGAGAUUGCAAAACUUUUUGGAUGCUCGUGGUGUGAAGUACCACAUUCUCUCCACGAAGUCCGAGCUCUUGAGGUUGGUGUACGAAAAUCGUAACAAGCCAUUGAAAAAGUGGGAAAACGCUUUGGAUGACGCCAAACACUGGUGGAACAAACAGACAAUUGUCAACAAAGCAAAGAGUACUAGCAGUGGUAUUCUGAAUAAGGUUUCUGACUACGAAAACUCUGCUGUAAAUGGUCUCCACCGCUCCUUUGAAUCUAUGUCCAAUAGUGACUUGGUGGAGUACCUAAAAAGCUUCUCUACAAAACCCUCAGAAUUAAGCAAGCUAGAUAAAGAUCAGUUGGUCCAAAAGGCUAAGGACAACACACAAUGGUUCUUUGGAGUUGCUGAAAAGCCUUGGUACCAAAAAGCGGCUGAUAACACUGUCAACUUUGCUAAACGUGCCUACGCAUAUGUCAGGCCAUGA